CCCCAGAACAGAAGGAUUUUCCCUGUGGACACCAUUGAUGACCUUGCCCCAGACAGCACCUAUUGCUUCAAAGUCCAAGCAAAUCUCCCCAGCGAGGGCAAGCAAGGCCUGUUCAGCCCCACCAGCUGUGUGAAAACCACCCAGAAAGUGAACGACCUCCUGUGUGCCACCAACCUGAGUGUCCUGGCUCUGAACAUGCAAUUCCACCUGCUCUGGAGCAGCCAGCAAAGUCAGGAUGUGACCUACAACGUGCAGUACCUGCUUGGCUUCUUGAAGGAUCUCAAUGAUGAUUACUCAGACAAGUGGCUCAGUGUCCCUGGGUGUGAGAACAUCACCAGCUCCUGGUGCAACUUCUCCUCCAUCAUCACCGGCACUGGCUUUUACCACCUGCGGGUGCAGGCCAGGGGGGGACACAACAAAUCCUGCUUCUCCAGGGAAGUCAAGGUGGAUCCUCUGAGAACAAAUGGAAUUGGCCCUCCCGGUGUAAGGCUGGACCUCAGUGACACUUUGCUCCACAUCCUUAUUUCUCCUCCAGGAGGAGAUAAGGAUGAAUUCAUGAGGGACCAUUAUGACCUGUCCUACAGGAUCCUCUACUGGAAGAAUUCCUCAGAUAUGAAGGAGGAGGUGAGGCAGAAGGAGGUGAGGCAGACCAUCGCCACGGUGCCCGACGUGUCCCCCUCCUCGCUGUACUGCGUGCAGGUGCAGGCCUUCUCCGAGCACUACAACAAGAGCAGUGCCUACAGCCAGCAGCAAUGCAUCCUCACCCCUGCAGGCACACCUUUAGCUCUGAUCAUUGCUGGGAUUUUCCUGGGUGCCCUGCUGGUUGUCCUGCUGGUGGCUGCUCCUCUUGUUUUUGUGUUCUACCAAGCCUACAGCAAAAUCAAAUACGUGUUCUUCCCCUCCUGCCAGCCCCCCCUGAACAUCGAGGUGAGCUCUGACUUCUCACAGCUUCUUUAGAGGAAAAUGAACUUU